AUGGCAUCUUCGUCAUCAAUCAAAUCACGCCACGUGGCUGUAAUCGGAGCUGGAGCCGCCGGACUAGUCGCGGCGAGAGAGCUUCGACGAGAAGGUCACUCCGUCGUCGUCUUCGAGAGGCAGAAACAGGUCGGAGGAACCUGGAUCUACACCGAUCAUGUCGAGUCCGAUCCGUUAAGCGUCGACCCGACCCGAAUCGUCGUUCACUCGAGCGUCUAUGGCUCUCUCCGAACUAACCUUCCUCGAGAAUGUAUGGGAUUCAGAGACUUCCCGUUCGCGAUCCGAUCCGGCGAAUCCAGAGAUCCGAGGAGGUUUCCGAGUCACGGUGAAGUUCUAGCGUAUCUGCAGGAUUUCGCUAAGGAGUUUGGCAUCGAGGAGCUGAUCCGGUUCGAGACGACGGUUGUGCGUGUUUCUCCGGCGGGGAAAGCGACGGCGGAGAAGGAAUCGGAAAAUGGAGAAUCGAAUCUACAGAGAAGGAGAAGAAAAUUCAUCGCGAUGAGAUUUACGACGCUGUUGUUGUUUGUAAUGGACAUUACAUUGAACCUCGUCUCGCUGAAAUUCCUGAAACUUCAUAAGAACAUUGAAUCAUUUUCAGGGAUAAGUUCUUGGCCAGGGAAGGAGCUGCAUAGCCAUAACUAUCGUCUUCCCGAACCAUUCAAAGAUCAGGUUGUUGUGGUUAUUGGAAGCUCUGCGAGUGCUGUUGAUAUAAGCAGAGACAUUUCCGGAUUUGCCAAAGAGGUUCAUGUGGCUUCUUGGUCAAAUCCAGCUGAUACUUUUAUCAAGCAGAACGGUUACACUAACAUAUGGAUGCAUUCAAUGAUUGAGCGUGUCCAUGAGGAUGGUUCUAUGGUUUUUCAGAAGAAACGGUUUUGGGUGAUGUUAUUAUGCAUUGCACUGGUUAUAAGUAUCAUUUUCCGUUUCUUGAUACCAAUGGAGAAGUUACCGUUGAUGAUAACUGUGUUGGACCAUUGUACAAACAUGUCUUUCCUCCAGCAUUAG